CUGAUGUUCGGCUCGGUCGGAUACCCCAAAACCAGUGCACAGAGUGCAAAAUAAAAAUAAAGUUUUGAAAGUUCAAGAAAGUUCCACCCAAGACGGCGCAGUACGGGGACGAAGCGAUGACCGCUUGGACGAUGUUUAGCUGGAGAAGGCUCUACAACGGCAGGAGCGGGGAGAACUGCGACGACUCCAGGACAGAGCUGCCGGCGGACACCAGGCAGCUGGUCUACAACGUGUAUGUCUACUUCAGCCGGAGACCGGGCAGGAGCGCCAAGACGAUACUGACCAAGACGGCCCGAGCGACGAUGCUGCCGCCCGACAUCGUCGCGGACAUCAUCAGAGAUAAGCAUAGUGAAUAAUUUAUAAUUAA